ACUCAAAAAAAAAAAUCGAAAUUUUGACACAAUGUCAAAAUCGAAAUUCACGUUCAUGGUAAACACCCUCGUAAAUCUGACAUGGCCGACGUACACCUCCAGUCGCAUCAAGAACUACGCGGUUUCGAACCGUCCCUCUAUGAACGAGCCACCGAACCAAUCAAGGACCACAACGGACGAAAAACUGGCCAAAUACUGGUCCUCCAACAAGACAAUGGGGGAGGUUUUGCGACAGGCCGAUCAGCUGUACGAAAGCAAGAACUACAUCGAGGUUUACGAACUGCUGAACAGGCUGAAGUACAACAACAAUUCAGAGGUGAAAUGGCGAAUCGCCAGAGUAUUGUAUCAAACCACGGCCGAUAACGUAUUGCCCUUGGAGAUCGAAAGAGAGAUGAUUGAUGAGGCUUAUACGCUGCUGAUUGAUGAAGCCACUGAAGAGAAUAUAAAUGCCAGCAUACAUAAGUGGUUUGCAAUAAUAUGUGACUGUCGACACAGACUUUUAGGCCUUGAGGAGCGAAUUAAAGGAUAUCAUCGUGUGCUCAAACAUCUUCGUAUAGCCUACAAAUUAGAUCCUAAUGAUAUAACUGUAGGUUUUCUAUUGGGAAAACUUUGUUUCGACCUUGCUAACUUACAAGGUUUCAAGAGGUUUAUAGCUGCUACUUUAUAUGCUGAACCACCAACAAGUACUUUUGAAGAAGCUUUCGAGUAUUUGGGUAAAGUAGAAGAAUUAAGUGACUGGAACUUUAUAAGUAAUGUAUACUACUUAGGCAGAACAUGUUUCAAACUCAAGCAAUUCUAUAAAGCCAAGCAUUACCUCAAUAAAGCCUGCUAUAUGAAACCAAAAAAUGAUUACGAAAGAAAACACCUUUGGGAAGCAAAACAAUUGUUAGCUAGAGUGGAAAAGUACACUAUAGGCAAAGAAAUACUAUAUCCAAAUUGUAACUGCGACAUGGAAAAACCUAUAGAAUAGAGGGUGAAAACGACUGACCAACAUUUAUUUAUAUUGAACUAAACAUUAUAUCUCUACUUUUUUCAAAA